AUACCACUUCUUCAUCUGGAUUUACCACACCUAUGACAUUUAUUCCAGGUUCGACCACAGAAAGGAGACCGUCAACGCAAAGCGAGACAGUGACCACAAUUGUGCAUACACAGACAGACAGUCAGUCAACACCAGACCACAGUUCAACCUCAAAUGUUUUCCUUACGUCAUUCACAACAAUAUCUACAACUCAUCAGUGUAAUGAAGAGGACUGUCAGUGUCAUGGUGCUCCUUGUUUUUUCAAUGACACUCUUGGCUUAUGUAAAUGCCAUUGCUCUGACUUCACCUUUGGAGAUUUGUGUAUUUAUGGAAGUAAUGUCACCACAGUUUCCUUGGAUAAGGCAGUACCAACCAGAAAGGCAAAUGUCUCUUUGAGGAUUAUGAGGGAAUUUGAGCCUGAGUAUGAAAAUAUGAACUCCAGCAAGUCCCAAAUAUUAAUCAAAACUUUGAUUAAGGAGCUUAGUGUUCUCUGCAGGAGAGCAGAUCCACAAAAUUUUAAAGAUGUACAAGUCAUUCAUCUAAAACCUGGAAGUAUUGUUGCAGAGAGCAUAGCGGAAUACACCUAUCCCAACAAUGCAUCCCAAAUUGAUUUCCUCAACAAUGAACUGGAACCCACACUUAGGAAUAUCUUGAACAACACAGAUAACUUAAUGGGCAUCAGUCAAGCAUUUGAAAAUGUGCGAAUCCAGUUGACCAACAUCACCUUCCAACCGACAGAAAUAAGGAAUAUUGCAGAUUUGAGGCCAUUUGUGGCCUGUCGUCUGGGUUUUGCCAACUACACAGAAGAGCUCUCUGAUGGCAGCUGGAAGUGUGUGGGGCCUUGUAAACAGUAUCCAGACUACUGUCAUAGACACGGAGAAUGCUUUAAUAAUGUUCAAAGUGGACCUAUUUGUCUGUGCUAUGAGUCUUCCCUGGAGCAGUAUCAUGGACCCCAGUGUGAGCGCUUCCGCAGGGGAAGAGGUUUCUAUGCUGCACUCUUUGGCGCACUGGGGGCAGGCAUCCUCCUCAUACUUGCUCUCAUCGUGGUUAUCGUGGUCCUGCGAAGGAACCGUGGGGGACGUUGGAACAUUGACAAGCUACCUGCCAGAAGACUGAUGUCUCUCAAUGAGGACUUUUUUGACUUCACACAAAGAGGUAUGCUCAUCUCUGCCUCUAUGUCCCAAUGA